GCUCUCUCUCUCUCUCGCUCGCUGGCGCGCGCUCUCACUCUCAGCUCUCGCUCUCCGGAUCGCGAGCGCGAAAGGAUCUCCACACGCGCGUGCCUGAGCCUUUUGAUGCUGCUUUCAGCGCGAGCUGCGAAGAAGAUCCGCCACACCUGCAGAUGAAACGGGAGGCAGCCUCGCGCGCAAGGAUGUCGGGGGAGUGGCGCGUGGCCGGGCUGCAGUCUCUGCUGACUGUGUGUCUGAUUCUCUCUCUGGAACAUGGCACGGCAUGGGGCGACACUGUAGUGAACAUGCGGAAGGUGACGCACCGGGCGGUCCAGGUUCCGCUGUCAGGGACGGCUCUGCUGCCGUGCGUCUUCACCCUGCGCCCCAGUCCCUCCCACGAGCCGCCCCGCAUCAAGUGGACCAAAGUGUGGGGUCACCGUGGGCUGGACGGCCUGCAGAGGGAGCAGUCCAUACUGGUGGCUAAAGACAACGUGGUGAAGGUGAAAAAAGCCUUCCAGGGCCGCGUGACCCUGCCCGGGUACCCCGACAACCGCUACAACGCCAGCCUGGCGCUGACAGGCCUGAGGUCCAGCGACUCGGGGAUGUACCGCUGCGAGGUGGUGGUGGGCAUUAACGAUGAACAAGACACAGUGCCCCUCCAGGUCACAGGAGUGGUCUUCCACUACCGUGCCCCUCAUGACCGCUAUGCCCUGUCCUUCCCUGAGGCCAAACGCGUGUGUGUGGAGAAUUCAGCUGUGAUCGCCACGCCCGGUCAGCUGCAGGCCACUUUCGAUGACGGCUACGACAACUGUGAUGCGGGCUGGCUCUCUGAUCAGACUGUGAGGUAUCCCAUCCAGUCUCCUCGGCCUGGCUGCUACGGUGACCGGGAAGAUUCGCCCGGCGUGAGGAACUACGGCACUCGCUCCCCUGAUGAGCUGUUUGAUGUCUAUUGCUUCGCGGAGAGUUUGAAAGGCGAGGUGUUUCACUCCAACGUGCCAGAGAAGCUGAGUCUGGCCACUGCCUCCACCCACUGCCACACGCUGGGCACUCAGCUGGCCACGGUGGGGCAGCUCUUCCUGGCCUGGCAGGCCGGACUGGACCGCUGUGACCCAGGCUGGCUGGCCGACGGCAGCGUGCGCUACCCCAUCAACCAACCGCGGCGCAACUGUGGAGGAGACGAACCGGGGGUCCGCACGCUGUACCACAACCCGAACCGAACCGGCUUCCCCGACACCACCAACCUGUUCGAUGCCUACUGCUACCGAGAAUCAGAAGCGAUGGCACUUCAGCAGGCAUCCCAGUCCUCCAGCUCCAACUCCACAGAAGACUGGGAGCAGCUCCAGCAAAACAGAGCCUUCCCCGAGCCCUCCACCUGGACUGGCCUGGUAGACCUGGAAAAGGAGGAGUUCAACUCCAUCGCAGACAACAACGAGUCCUCGGAGAUCUCGGAGGAACACGUGGUGAUCCAUCUCCAGCCCGGAGAGAGGUCAGUGCGCUGGGGAGAGGAUGCCACCAAAGAUGGAUCUUCUCCCGCUCCGGAGAGCCAGGUGGACCUUCAGGGGGGCUCAGCCGGAGAGGAGCCCGACGAGCGAGAAGCCAAGAGCCGCGACGCGUCCCCCGACCCCUCCCUGACCACGCCGUCUUCGUCCACGCAGGCUCAGACCAGCAACAGCGUCCUCUACAACUUCGUCAACUCCAUGAUGAAGCCCUGGAAGUACUUGACGGGGAACGAGGAGACGGAGGCUCCUUCGACAGAGUCCAGCCUGAUGAAGGAUACAUCAGAAGUGGUCAAGCCAUCCAAGAUCAAAGGCGGCAGUGGACUCAAAGCGAGAGGGAGCAAAGCGAGCACUGAUAAUGCCAUCCUGGAGCCUAAGCGUGAGGAAGCUUCAACUAAUCCCAUCACACCGAACUCUGAAGAAGGGCUUUUGGAGCAGGAGAAAGAGCUGGUUCCGACGCUCCCUGAACAGGAGCUGAAGAAUCCCAGCAAAGCCCAGACAGAGCCUUCGGUUUCACAAGUGGUGCCAGAUAAUGGAGGAGUCGAUGCCUCGGAGCUGAUGGAAGCUGCGAAUCCCACAGCUGCCACAAAUCCCUUGGGUUCUAUGAGCAAUUUUGGCUCUGCACCAGUGUUGAGCAGCCAGCAGAGAUGGGCCCUGAAGUCUCUGAAAGGAUACGGACCCCCAGGCAGCAGCGGACUUCUCGUGACCCAAACCAGUGGACCCAUGGAGGCAAAAAGAGGGGCCCUGGAGAUCAUAGCAAUCCCAGUCCAUAGGGACAAUCACGAGAACUUCUCUGGGGAAGGGAAGGAUCCGAUUGAAGAGAGUUACCACGUCCCUAGAGGCCCUCCUUCACACUCCAAUCCACAACGAAGGAUAUCAGAAGAGGAGGAGGAGGAGGAGAAGGACACUGAUGGAAGUGGAGGGAAAGACUUGUUUAGCAAUCACGGUCAAAAAGAAGACACCAAUUCCAAUUCUUACGAACACCAGACUCAGACUGUUCAGACUGUGCAUCUGCAAACCACAGUCCAGUGGCAGCUUGUGAACCUAAAAGCAGGGUCAACUGAGCCACCAACUAGUGGUGCCAGCAUUUCUGGUGCACACAUCUCUGGACCUUCUACGCAAAACGAUUCAGACACCACUGAGACUGCAGAGGCCAGAGGAGAAAUCCUCUUUGUGCGUCGUCCAACAACAGAAAAAUCUGAAAGUAAUCCUUCGAGCAACGUCAAGGUACCUUUGGUCAAAAGGAAGCAGAGCUUGAACGAACCCAUCCCCUCUGUAAUCCAACCGCCGGCCGUUGCCACUACGCCAGAACUUGUUCUUGAAACUACAAGUUCUGAAAGAUCUACAGAAAGAACCAGCACAGGCACCACUACCAUUACCACAACCUCAGUUAACAAUCAGAUACCCACUACAGGGGCCACCACUGCUUCUGAAGAUACUGCAUCCACUGCAUCAACUCUAGAUUCCACCAUGUUCCAGUUCUUUACUUGGCUUCCAGUCGUUCAAGAAGAGACUCACGAGCCUCAGCCAGAUUUGCCAACAGUUGCCGUGACCGAUGACGGAUUUACGACCACAAGUAAUACACUUCAAGCACUGACCACAGCAAUGUCCAAAGAGAUCUCCCAGCAGGCAGAGUCCAGAUCAGGGGUUUCAGAGUCAUUUGUGGUAGGGCAUGACUGGAGAAUGUCUGGACAGGAUUCUUUGGGCACCGAGAUCCAGUCAACUCCUACAACUCCCUCUGCAGUACAUGUAGUGGGAGAUAACUCAAGUGAGACUCAGACAACAGGUUUCGAGAGCAUCCCUUCAGCAGGGCCAGAGGAGAAGGACCCUUGCCAGUUGAACCCAUGUCUUCACGGGGGAACCUGCCUGCAGGAGGGUGGGGGCUACAGCUGCCUCUGUCUUCAGGGUUACGCGGGGGAGAUCUGCGAGAUUGAUAUCGAUGAGUGCCAGUCGGGUCCGUGUCAGAAUGGAGGAACCUGCAUUGAUGAGAUCAACUCCUAUGUGUGUCUGUGUUUACCCAGCUAUGGAGGAGCCACAUGUGAAAAAGACACAGAGGGCUGUGAUCACACCUGGAGGAAGUUUCACGGCCACUGCUACAGGUACUUCACCCACAGACGCACCUGGGAGGAUGCCGAGAAAGACUGCAGAGAGCACAAUGGUCAUCUGGCCAGCAUACACACCAGAGAGGAGCAGGACUUCAUCAACGGCAUGAGCCACGAGAACACUUGGAUUGGUCUGAACGACAGGACAGUAGAAGAGGAUUUCCAGUGGACUGAUAGCAUGGAUCUGCAAUAUGAGAACUGGAGGGAGAACCAGCCGGAUAAUUUCUUCGCGGGCGGAGAGGACUGUGUGGUGAUGAUCGCCCAUGAGAAUGGCAAAUGGAACGACGUGCCCUGCAACUACAACCUGCCCUACAUCUGCAAGAAAGGCACAGUGCUGUGUGGAAAUCCUCCUCUUGUGGACAACGCGUUCCUGAUUGGCCGCAAGCGUUUGCGCUAUGACAUCCACUCGGUGGUGCGCUAUCAGUGUGCAGAUGGAUUCCUCCAGCGCCACAUCCCCACCGCCAAGUGCCGCGCCAACGGCAAAUGGGACCGUCCUAAGAUCAUCUGCACAAAGUCUCGAAGAUCCCACCGCCAUCGGCGCCACCAUCACAAGUCUCAUCACGAGCGCAGAAAGCACAAGAAGCACGGCUCAGGGGGUCACCGGGGUGGACAGGAGGGUCAUGACCAAUUCUAACCAAAAACAAACCCCCUUUGCCUCUGUCUCCCACCGAAGUUCUCCUUCACUCCUUCUUCAUUUGAAGAAGGAGCUUCUUCAUCCCCUCCCCUCCUCCUCCCUGAGAUCAGAAGGGCACUGCUAGAACCCCCCCCAACCCCCCACCCCACGGACUAUAACGACUUUCCUUCUUUCGUCAAAGUUCGCUCUGUUUAUCUUUCCAUUUCUUGGCCUGCUCCCUUUUUCAUUUUAGUCUAUCUACCAUGAGCCUAGUCGAGGGAGCUCGCUCUUGCCCUCAGUGUUUGAGAACUCUCUCUGCUCAUGUACAGUACUUUUGCAUAAACGGAUACGGAGGUGGCGGUUUGGUACUAAAGUGUAAAUACAGCACUGAAUUUCAUUUGAACGGUCAAGAAAUAACUCUCACGUUUUGCUAUCAUGUUCUUUCAGAUUCUGAGGCUAUUUCUUGACCCUCGUUCUGUUUGGUUAGCUGUUUGUAAAUGGUCAUUCUGAUUAGGUCGAAUUGUGUUUCCUUGGAGAAGGGUAGUGGUUCUUCUGAUUUUGGGAAGAUUGCUUAGCAUUAUGGUUUGUUUUUUUUUGUUUGUUUGUUCGUCUUGGUGUUGAAAAUAAUUUCUAACACAGCUGACUUGAGGGAUCUGGUUGCAGCUGUUCAUCUCUUCAUCUCUCUUCUUCAGAGAUCAACCUACUAAUUAUCUAUAGAAAGGAAUAGUUUGGUCAAAGUUUGGUUCUAAAUAUUCUGCCUGGUCAAAAAAAAAGGUGACACACCUUUAAUAUUUGGUUGGAGCGCCUUUAGCUUUGAUUGAGGCACUAAUUCACUGUGGCAUUAUUUUAAUAAGCUUCUGCAAUGUCACUAAAAAGUAUUUGAAUCCAGUAUUGCUGGAUUAAUUUUUCACCAAGAUCUUGCAGCAGCAUUGAUGAUGGUAGAGUCUGACCACUGCACAAAGCUCUUCUCCAUCCAGCACAUCCCAAAGAUUCUCAAUUAGGUUAAGGUCUGGACUCUAUGGUGAACAAUCCAUGUGUGAAAAUGAUGAUCUCAUCAUUUUGAAGCAUGAAUCCUGGCAUUGUCAUCUUGAAAUAUGUCGUGCCAUAAGGGAAGAUCAAUUCCAUUGAUGGAAUAACCUGGUCUAUAUUCAGUAUAUUCAGGUAGUCAGCUGACCUCAUUCUUUCAGCACAUACUGUUACUGAACCUAAACCUGACCAACUGCAGCAUCAACCCCACAUCAUUAACUUAGUUAAAUCCAGGUGGAGACUUUUUUUUUUUUUGGGUCAGGCAGUGUAUUUCCUUUACUACAUACAACUGUAGUUUACCGAAAUUUGCCAUAGAUUGCUAAUAAGUUAUUAUUACGACGCCCAAAGUGUUAUUGUUAAAUAAAGCUAUUAACUCAGCUACUUCAUCCUUUUUCUAAGACGUCACUUUUACUGUGAUUGGUCCCAAUUAUUGCAUAAUCUGUGCUGAUAUCUCCUACCACUUGACUAUGAUUGGCCCAAAAUUCUGUUCUAAGAUCUCCCCAUGAAUGUGAUUGGUCCUUGUCACUGCAUUAUUUGUUUAGAAACCUCCUGUCUGACUGCCAUUGGUCUUAAUAGUUGCAUUGUUUGUUUUAUGAGACAUCGAUUUGACUGCAAUUGAUCAGACUCAGUUGGUCAAGAUCACUGCGUGUUUUUUUUUUGUCUGUUUGUUUGUUUUUUGAAGCCUACGAUUGGUCAGAUUAAUUGUGCAAUUAAUUCUGAGACCUCCCUUUUACUGCAGUUUGUCCCAAUUAUUGCAUUAUUUGCUAUACAAGUCCUCAUAAUUUAGCGAUGAUUGGUCCUAAUUAUUAACUUUUAGUCUUUAUCACUGGUCCUUUUGUACAUUCGUAUUUUGUUUUUAUAUGCUUUUAUUAUUUAAACCACCUGUAAUAUUGAAUUAACACCUAUAUAUCAUAUAUAUAACACAUAUAUCAGUCCAGUUUGGCACAAAUGAGCACUGGAUUGGAGAAUUUUGCCACUUACACUUUUUUUUUUUGCCUUUGUUGUCAUGACUACAUGGCAUUAAAUGAGGCAGCUGGGCUGCAGUAUUUGCUUAUUUUAUUUAGGCCUAAUGCAAAUUCAUAGACAGUUUGAAGGCAGCUUGGAAUGUGGUUUAUUGAACAAAUUUACUUUAAUUAGAUAAACUAUAAAUUGCAUUUUUCUUGCUAAUCUGAAAGAGACAUUGCUUUUAAUCAUGGCGGUGAGCAUUGGGAGCACAAUGUACUUUCUCUAAGCCUGGUUAUCUUUCAUUUUUAGGCUUUUCUAAUCAUUGUUUAUGAUUUAAUGGAUUAUAAAUACUUUUUUUUUUACCUACUAACGGUUCUGGUGAGACCCCUCCAACCCUGCUGAGAUGAUGUGUGAGGAUUCGUCUCUUGCUCGUGCAUGGAGAAACAGUGUUGCCGAGAUUUGAAAUCAAUUGAAAGAGACAACUGAAAGAGAAAAGAGAGAGAGAGAAAGAGAGAAAGAUGGUGUGCUGUCCAUUCUUAAUUGCUCUCGACCCAAUGUAGACCACAUCAAAUAGCCCCACAGACACGCCGCCUGCCUCAGCCUGUGGGCAACAGCCCGUGUCCACAUUUAGCUCCUCAAAGCGCUGCAGAUAGUUCAGUAGGGAAUAAAGGAGAUGGAGCUCCACUGCACUGUUGGAGAGUUAGAGAGCGAGGAGCUCAUCCAGCUGGUGUUAUGCCAUUUACAAGGCAGAUGCCAAGAGGGCUCCUGGGUAAACGGCUCAGUGGCAUAGGUUCCUCUGAUCCACCGCGAGCUGCGCUUAAGGUCGAAAAGGGUAAAAUGUUCAGAGGAGCUUGUCUGAAAACAGUCACCAGAGACUCAACAUUUGCUGUUUGCUUUUUAACGGAAACUGUGAGCUCUCAGUGGUUUGGAGAAGGUUUUCUUUUUUUUUUUUUUUUUUUAAACCAGGUGCGUGCCCUGCUUUCCAAAGAAGGCUGCGACAGCUGACUGGAGCAAGCACUGCACCACCUCUCCCAAAUGAGAGAAACGAAAGAAAAGGGCCAAGUGUUCACGUCUUUCACUGAGGCCAACACUUCUUGCGCAUAUCUAUCUUUUUUUCCCUCUUUUUCAUUCUCAUUCUCUGUCUUUUUGGUUGCUCUCUCAAUUCCCCUGGAGAUUACAACCCCACCCCCACCCCCUACCGCUUUCGGUCCCUUCAGCUCUUUCUAUCCAAGUCUUUUGACUUCUUUCUCCGCUCCCUCUAUACCCGCUCAUCAAUGACAAGGACGUGUACAAGGUGACGGGGAAAACCUCCAACAGUCUCCAAUAGUAUCAGUCACGAUUUAUCUCCUCUUUUUCUGAGCGUGCUUAAUUAACGUCUGGGUCCUCUCCUCAUAACGAGCCAUCUCUUGACACUUUACUCAUUAAAUUGAGUAAAUUCAUUGUUACAGGCAAAAGGACCAAGUGUAGCUGUCUAUCGCCCUGGAUUUUACUGUAGGUGUCCGUCCACCACUUGCUUUGAACCUUUCAUAUGAAUUUAGGGGGGAAAAAAUAAGGGCAUGUUCAAGCAUGGCUUCAGUCAGAAUUUGGGAAUCUAAGGCACUUCCAUGCAUUAAGGACUGGAUUACACCAUUAAAACCAUGCCAAACAGUUUGACACGUUAGGUCAUGGACUUCACAAGGCCUCUGAAAGGUGGUAUCUAUGGUAUCUGACCAUAAAAACUAAAGGCAUUUCCAGUUAAAACAGACUCCAAAACAACCGAAUCAAGACCCACAACAGUAGGUGGUCUUGGUCUGAAUCCAAACGACCACCGAGAGCGACCAUGGUUUGUGGUGAGAGCUUGAUCCGUUCUCAAUCUGAUCCACCUAUUAAAUAUACUCCUUUUAUUUGAGCUGUUCAGGUGCAGUUUAACCUGAUACAUUAGCCAAAUAACUACUACUACUACUAUGAACAAAUGCUGAUGUC